AUGGUGCUACGAAUUGUAAAACUCACUGACGAUGCCAACCACGAUGCCGAUUACGAUGCCGGCGGAGCGUCUGGUAAUGUACCACGUCCACGGUCCGACUUUGGAAAUGAGUAUGCAUACAAUGGACUCAGGACAAGGUGCGUUCCUCUAAGUCUUUCUACCAAUAUGACCAAGUUGCGAAAACAAGUUCAAACAACUUUUAUACAACGAAAGGAGACUGCGACCACACAAAAGGCCACACCAUCUUGGUCUUCAUAUCUCUUCUAUUUUGUUUAUGUGUAUGUUGGCCAAAACUGGUGA